ACCUGGCAGCAUGAAGGCGGCGGCCGCCCUGCUCCUGGUGGGGAUGCUCAUCCUCUGGGCAGAGCUGCCAACAGGCAGCGCCUGGUCCUGCCCGCCGGUCCGCUUCAUCUGCGCCCUGCACAACCCCCCCAACCAGUGCUUCGUGGACCGGCAAUGCCCCCGCGGCAAGAAGUGCUGCCGCACCUUCUGCGGGAGGAAAUGCAUCUCCAAGCCGCCUGCCAUCCCCGUCACCUACGUGUGAGCUCCGGCUUCCAGGACAGACUGAGGGUCACCUCAGCAUUGCCACCCCAGCUCAGCUCCAGGAUCACCCUGUGACAGCUGCUGCACUGUGCUCUGUGCCACCCCUUUCCCUCUCCCUGUGCUCCCCAUGGCUCUUUCCACAAAUAAAAGCAGCUUUUCU